AUGACAGAGGACAACUAUCGCCCUCGCUCCCCAGACCUCUCCUCGCUCCAAUUCCCUCCUUCCACCGCUCCGCCCGACCAGUACGCGCCGCUGACCAGUCCACUGGCUCACCGCGCCUCCUACGACGCCUCGCCUUUCUUCUCCUCCAACUACCAGCGUCCUAGCUCGGCCAGCCGGACGACCCAGCAGUACGUGCCACCGAUUCCCCUGGCCGGCUUGGAUCCCGACAUGGCCCGGCGCUCGUCGCGACUCUCCGCCACGGACGGCGCGCCCGUUGCCGCCGUCCCCGAGUCCUUUCACACUCCAUACGCAGUCGAGCCCGUAGCGGCGCCCAUCAUGCCGGAGGAGGCACAACCACAACCCGGCGCCGGAAUUGAGGUCAAGACCAAAUUCCCCGUGGCGCGCAUCAAGCGCAUCAUGCAGGCCGAUGAGGAUGUCGGCAAAGUCGCCCAGGUGACGCCAAUCGCAGUGUCCAAGGCACUGGAGCUCUUCAUGAUCUCCCUGGUCACCAAAGCCGCCCAUGAAGCCAAAGAGCGCAACUCGAAACGUGUCACGGCCUGGCACCUGAAGCACGCGGUGGCCAAAGACGAAGUAUUGGAUUUCCUCGCCGACAUCAUUGCCAAAGUGCCCGACCAACCGGCUGGGCGAAAACACGAGGACGACGGCAGCGACCAGAACGAAGGCCGGCGGAAGCGUGGCGGGCGUCGCCCCAAGGAGGAGAGUGAUUAG